CGCCCCUUCCGUCCCCCGGUGGAACCUGGAUCCCGGCGGGCGGUUAUGGCUUCAGGGGCUGCAAGGCUGGCCCACCCGGCUCGGCGCCGAGUCCGGGUCGUGCACCCGGCCGCGGCGCAGACCCGCUCGGCGGAAGACUGGUGGUGGGACCGACUUGCUCCGAGCGGCUCAGGGUACCACCUGCUGCAGUCGGACAGCAUGCUGCUGGUGCUGCCAGGUCCGGGGCCCGCCCGCCUCCGCGCGCAGAGGCGCGCCGCCCGCCAAGCUCGGCGGCUGCGGUCCCCGGGGUCCCGCGCGGUCGAGGCCAAGCCCAGUUCCGCGCCCGCGCCGCUGCAGGAGCCCGACCCGGGCUGGGGCGACCGCGUUCCCUUGGAAAUUCUGCUUCAGAUUUUCGGGUUGCUGGUGGCGGCGGAUGGGCCUAUACCCUUUCUCGGAAGGGCUGCCCGCGUGUGUCGCCGCUGGAACGAGGCUGCCUCCCAGCCUGCACUCUGGCACACCCUGACCCUGUCUCCCCCGCUGGCUGGCCGCCCCGCCAAGAGUGGGGCCAAGGCUGAGAAGAAGCUCCUUUCUUCCCUGGAGCGGCUUAUGCCUAAUCGGUUCUCACAGCUCCAGAGGCUGACUCUCAUUCAUUGGAAGUCCCAGGUACACCCUGUGUUGAAGCUGGUUAGUGAGUCCUGUCCUCGGCUCACCUUCCUCAAGCUUUCUGACUGUCAUGGUGUGACCCCUGACGCUCUGAUCAUGAUAGCCAAAGCCUGCCCUCAGCUCCACAGCCUGGACAUACAGCACUCAAUGGUGAAGUCCACGGCUGUGGUAAGCUUCUUGGAGGAAGCUGGACCCCGAAUGCGGAAGCUGUGGCUGACCUACAACCCCCAGACAACAGCCAUCUUGGGUGCACUGCUGGGCAGCUGCUGCCCACAGCUCCAGGUCCUGGAGGUGAGCACUGGCCUCAACCAGAACAUCACUCCCUUCCAGCUGCCUAUCGAGGCCCUGCAGAAAGGCUGCCCCCAGCUGCAGACCUCCUGCUCCUUCCUGACCGCAGCCCUGGAGGCAUUAUUCUCCCAGGCCCCCAAGGGCCGGAUCAGCGGCCUGCCUACGACCUCUAGCGGUAAGCCCUUCCAGCUCUGGGCCCAGGGACUCUUCUGCACCGAGCGCAGCCUCGCCAGGCGCCUCAAGAACAACAGUUUCUACCCGUUCACGCAGCAGCAGCCCAACGUCUUCGUGCUCGAGUACUACCUGGACACGCUGUGGAAGGGGACGCUGCUCUUCAUAGUCUGCAUCUUGCUCAUCAGCUUCGGCCUCGUGAGCGAGGUGCAGAAGCAGGAGACCUGGGGCUUCCCUGCGUACGGCGUGGGAGUGGGCCUGUGGCUGAUGAUCUCGUCGCUGCCGCGGCGCCGCCUGGUGCUGAACCACGCGCGCGGCGUGUACCACUUCUCCAUCCAGGGCCGCACCGUGUGUCAGGGCCCCAUGCACCUGGUCUACGUGCGCCUGGCGCUCAACUCAGACGGUGAUGCGAGGGAAGGGCCGCGGACUACGGGAGGGCGCGCAAGGGACGGGAAGCCACGUGGAGUGGGGAGGGGCGGACACGCGGGCCCACGCCCCGCCCCCGGAACCCCGCUCCCGCUCCCCAGAGUCCCGGGGCUGAGCAACUUGCCCCUUACUAGCCUACCGAAGGUGCUUCUUCCAGCUGGUUCUGUGCGGGCACAAGCUGGAGCCGCUAGUGCUGGUGCAGCUGUCGGAGCGCUACGAGGUGCGUCCGACCCAACCCGCCGCGGGCGCAGACACGCUUCUCUCCCCUCUCGGUUCAACGGGACGCCGACCACUGUUUAGGCUCUUAAGAUGGGGCCAUUUCGCAGUUGGAUGGUGCAUACAAUGGGCUCCUGGCCCGGGCCCUCAAGCUGGUAGCCGGCAGAGAGGGUGCCAGGGCUGACGGGCAGGGCUGGAGGUGCGGUUUGGCAAGGGGAGGGACGAGCAAGAGUUGACCUGACCUCCACUCGCCACCCGCUCACACAGCAAAUGGAAUACCUGGGCCGGUACAUUGCCAGGAAGCUCAACAUUAACUACUUUGACUGCCUGGCCAUGUCGUACCGGCACGUGGUCCGCCACUGGCCGCUGGGGACCGCCUUCAGCCCGGGCAUCGUGCUGCGCAAGACCGGUGCCUACGACGGGGGGAACCCUCAGUGGGACCCGGACGUGUGAUGCUGCCAGCAGGCACCCACCCCUCUCCCACCCCAAGAGGCGUUCUGCCUUCCCCUCCAGUCCCCCGCCUCCACCCCACCACUGGCCUUCUUCUCAAUAAAGCAACCUCU